AUGCCUCUCACCAAGGAUCUCCUUCACCCCUCACCAGAAGAGAAGAAGAGGAAACACAAGAAGAAGCGCCUGGUGCAGAGCCCCAAUUCCUACUUCACGGAUGUGAAGUGCCCAGGGUGUUACAAAGUCACCAUGGUCUUUAGCCAUGCACCAAUGGCAGUUUUGCGUGCCAGCUGCUCCAUUGUCCUCUGCAAACCUACAGGAGGAAAAGCAAGGCUUCCAGAAGGAGGUUCCUCCAGGAGGAAGCAGCACUAA